AUGAUCGAGUGCAUUAUAUGCUACGACCCGCUCACGGAUCCCUAUGCAGCGGCCUGCGAUGGUUCGCCUUCAACUCGCCACAACAACGCGUAUGCAAAUGCCCUACCUGUAAUUCAACGAUCAAUAAGUGGCUAUUCUUCUGAUAGCCGAUUAAUGGUAGUCGGUUCUGAAGCGCUAGUGGAGGAGUUGUCUGCGUUACGCACACAAGUCAAGGACCUCGACGCGUGCAACGCGUCUCUGAAAACUGAAGUAGAAGGGCUGAGAAGCGAGGUGGAGGGCUAUAAGAGUUUGACUGAAGAGCUCUUGGCGGACAUGUACACCGAAGAUGAAAACCGGCAGCAGGAGAGAAAUCGAGUGGCAUGCGCCCUACAUGGCGUUUUUACCAGCAUUAGAACUGUCUUUCUGCGAAAGACCGUUUUACUUGGGGUGCUCUCCGCACUCUGGAACGCUCUUGUUAGCGUUGGAUGUGCCCUCUUCCUGCAGACCGUUUGGCUUGGCAUCGAGAUCGUUUGGCGCGUGGUGACUCGUCCGGAAGAGUGUCUGAGGGAGGUGGCAUUCUAUGUGUGGCUAUUCACUGACGUCGCUGCAUCGGCAAUGAUUCUUGCUCUCGCGCUGCUUGGGAUUCUUUGUGGGGACUAUGAAUGUAUAGUGAUCUGGCUCGACUUCGGGUAUCCGAGGCUGUGCGGAUUGCUUGAGUGCAUAGGGAGAAAGAGUAACGCGUGUUUGGUUCGUCGGUUUAGUGAAGAAUGA